CAGAGAAGUAGCAGACACGCCUUAUUUUAUGUUUAGCAGUAGGAUCGCGAUGCGCAGGGAUCUUCCCGACAAGCUGUUUCUUCUGGUUGAUUCAGCAGAUCCUGUGACGGGAAGCAGUGCUGGGCAGACACACAGCAUAAAAUAUAAGCAAGUAGAAAGACCCGGGGAGCUGCCACUUGCGCGAGCCCUGAUGAGCUCUGCAGCACUAGGGUCCAAUGAACAGAAGGAAAUUGCAGACGGACUAGUGGCAAACACGUGCAGCCAAGUAGGAGACACCCGGGGGGCAAGAGCUGCAGAAGAGAGUGUAUUUGUAGACAAGCUCAGCCUGUGCUACGGAGAUGCAAAUGCGUUCACCCAUCUGAUGAUGGAGGAGUAUGAGAGCAUGCAGCAGCAUCUCCAAGAAAACUUACAGUUUGUGUCCCCGCGCCGCGUGGUGGCUUUCUACGACAUGCUCAAAGCUCUGCAGACAUACAGGCUGCUCGAGAUCCAAAACUUCAUGGCGUGGGUAGAGCAAGUCGAUGCAGCAGUGCUGGAAAUGACACAGAACAACUGCAGCCCUGGGUUAGGCAGAAACAGAGCGCCAGGUGAAGAGUGUUCUGAGCACAUACAUGCUACACGCCCCAGAAGGGACGCACUGGCAAAGGACUUGCAUCUGUUUAAGCAUCUGGUGAGCAAUGGCGCGCACCAAGUGCAGGCUCUGUUAGUCCACAUGAUGGAUAUGAUAGGAAUAUACAAAAGAAACAGCGGCCAGCUUCAAAAAGGCAUUUCUUUCAGUAUAGAAGGUGCAGAGUGGGAGAUUAACGAAACGUUCUCUCUCCUCACAUCCAAAAUAGAAGAGUUUCGGGCAGACAGGGCCCUUCACACACAGGUUCACGGCAUAAAGAAGGAAUUGCAGAGAGCAGUGCAGCGAUACUACGGCCUAGUGCAGGAGUUCGAACGCAAUCUUCAAAAAGAGGCAGAAAACAUUGAGAGUCUGCUGUCUGCAAAAGGCCCAACAGAUAAGAGAUAUAUGCCUGCAGCACAGGGCUUUUUAAAGAGCGGGAUGGCAGUGAUGGCCAGCGAGAUAGAGUUUGUUGAUAACGUGUCGAAUGGAAUUAUGCAGUAUAUUAAUACGAUUAACAAUAGAGCUAAUGCGAAGCAGAGAAUGCGCGUAAAAGACACCAAGUGUCCAUUUGACCAGUAUAUACACCAGAAAAGAGAGCAUUCAAUACACCGAGCAAGAGGACAGCCAAUACACCAGGAAAGAGGACAGCCAUUGCAAAACAAACCACACACUGCACAUACGCCUUCUUCCCACCGAGGAUCUGUGCACAGCGAGAACCAGCACCCCUCCAGCAGCAGAUCCCACGCGAAUACUGGUGGAAGCAGGCGAGAGCAGGCUCCGCAGACCACAGAAGCACCUUCUGCAAGGAUAGAUCCUACGCCACCGCCUCGAACAUGGGAGCAAGACAUGAUGCAAUCCUUUGACAGCAAAGUAAUUAGCGCAAUUAACAAUAUGCCCGAUGCAGCUAGGGCCAAUGCUGCAGCCUGGCUAAGAAAAAGCCUUGCAGCAGGAGACAUACAGCUGUCGCACGCAGCAGAGCUAGAUGCGCAAAGUACUCUGCACCCAGCCAACAACUUUCUGCUGCAGCCAUCUGCACAGAGAAAAGUUGCAGACCGCAUACAUAGCAGCAGACAGAAAGAAAAAGACGCCUCUGCAGAGAUAGAAUCUCUCAAAGACACACUGCGCGCUCUAAAGGACGAAACAACCAAGCUAUCAUCUACAUAUUCUACAAUUGAGAGCCGCAUAUCCCAGGAAAGGAAUACUACUGCAGAGGCGCACACCCACAUUAGCUCCCUUCAGAAAGACGUGUCUGCUCUGAACAGAGACACCCAGGCGAUCCUCAAGCAGAUAGCACAGACUAAAACAGCUAUAGAGGAGUAUGAAGAGAAACAAAGCGUGCAUCUUGGCAGCAGAAGGAAUAUGCAAGCCAAAAUAGACGCUCUUCUUGAGGAAACUGGGUUUGGCGCAGGAAACACAGGUCUUCUGAAAGGCUCUCCAGAUGAAAAAGGCUGCGACUCAAAAAAAAGUAUAGAGCCGCUCAGAGCCAUGCUGGUGCAGGAGAAGGCAGCAGUCGAAGUGGCUGCAUCCCAGGCUAGCGAGGCACUGGAGCACAUCGGACAGAGCACGCGCAAGGUGGAUGCGCAUCUGAACCAGACAGUUGCUUUUGAAAGUGCGUGUCAGGUAAACAUGCUCUCAGAUGCAGGCGUGUCCUCGCUCUCCCUUGCACAGACUGUGCUUUCUUCUGUGUGCAAGAGCGUAGACCAGGCUUUGCACCCAAAUGCAUCUGCGUCUUCAAACGGCACAGCCCAGAGCAAGUGCUUUGAGUACUCUGAAGAAGCUGCGCGUCUUCACGAAGAUGCAGCAAAUCACUGCAGUUACUGGCCCUUGGUGCAGGAAGGAAUAUGUGAGCAGGUGUCCAUGGAAGAUCAGUAUGCACAGACACUGCAGGAUCUUAGCAGCGAAAUAAAGCAUAUUCUGGCAGAGAUUGAAGAGACAGGAAUAGCAAAUGAGGCAGACCUGGACAGCAAGGACAAGGCCAUACAAAAAAUAGUGUCUGAGACAGUUAAUAUACGCGCACAGCUGGAUGAAACCCUUACCCAGAUCAGAGAAGGACUGACAAGAACAAGCACAGCCAGUGGUGCCAGUAUUACUCCAAAUGGCCCUGAGCACAGCAAGAAAUACAAAACAGCCAGCCAGACACUUGACAUGAUCGGGGCCUCCGCUGCUUCCUUGGAAGAGGCAGAAAGCAGGGCGAUUGCGAGAAAUGUGCGUGCAGAGAAGGAUCUGCAGCAGUGUCUGCAGGACCAUGCAGGAGCAGAAGGAAGCGGUGCUUCAUCUGUCUUCAGCGAAUACCCCACUGAAGAACACACGACCACAGAAUAUCAGCCAGGCACAGUCGGCCAAAAAGAUGAAGAACAGAUAGACACCAGCACACCUGUCCCACAGCAGACAAUUACUGCAGAAGAAACUCCCACUCCACCGCCUCAGGAACCGUCUAUUCCUGGCACAGCAGCCACUUCUCUUGAUGACCUACCCGAAAACAAGACAGAGGCCUCGAAUAUGCCUGAAGUACACAACGAACCUUCUGAUUCGCGUGGAAAAGAGCCUGAAGCAAACACAAGCCCCUCUAAAGAGACUCUUAUAAGUGAAGGUCCCACUGUCUCUGAUAAUCCAGCGCAUAUAGAAAAAACACCUCCUAUAGAAGAACUGCCAGAGAUAAACAGCCCACGCACAGAAGCGCUUAUUUCUGAAGAGAAGUCUUCUAGCGAGACACCAGCCACCAGUAAGAGUUCUUUUGCCUCUAGUCUAGACACUCCCACUGAGACUAAUAUCACUCCUACAGAGACAACUAUUUCUAGCGAACCUGCCAUCACUUCUACAGAACACACCACCCCUACUGAGACUAAUAUUGUCUCUAGUGAUACAGAUAUUCCUAUUAAUACUAAUAUUGUCUCUACAGAACCUACCACCCCUACUGAGCCUAAUAUUUCUAUAGAGACAACUAUUUCCAGUGAAUCUGCCAUCAUUUCUACAGAUCCUACCACACUUACUGAGACAAAUAUUCCUACUGAGCCUAAUAUUGCUUCUACAGAUCCUACCAUACCCACAGAGACAAAUAUUCCUACUGAGACUAAUAUUGUCUUUACAGAAAAAACUAUCUCUAAUGAACCCACUACUCCUACUGAGACAACUAUUUCUAGUGAAUCUGUCAUUCAUACAGAGACUAAUAUUGAUUCUACAGAUUCUAUCCUACCCACAGAGACUAAUAUUCCUACUGAGCUGAAUAUUGUCUCUAGUGAACCUGCCAUCCUUACUGAGACAACUACUCCUACAGAAACAAUCAUCUCUAAUGAACCUACUACCCCCACAGAAACAACUAUUUCUAGUAAUCCUACUGCCCCUACUGAAACUAACAUCUCUACAGAGACAACCAUUCCUACUGAGCCUAAUAUUUCUGGUGAUUCUGCCCCACUCACAGAGACUAAUAUCACUCCUACUGAGCCUAAUAUUGCUUUUACAGAACCUACCACACCCACAGAGACAACUACUUCUAGUGAAACUAAUAUUGCCUUCAGUGAACCUGCUAUCACCUCUAGUGAUCCUACCACACCCACUGAGACAACUACUUCUAGUGAGACAACUACUCCUAGUGAACCUACUACUGCUGAACCUACCACUACUUUUGCAAAAACUCCCACUACUACUCCAUCCACUCCUGCAAAAGAUGUCUCUCCAUAUGUUAAUUCUACCGCACAGAACUCUUCAGAAGCAUCUGCUAUAGAGGAUCCUGCAUUGCAAAAGGCCAGAAAGCCCAAUCGCCGUAAGAAAAUCUUCAACAACCCGCUGAAAUUUAAAAAACUACCACAGAUAAAUAGGACUGCUAAUGAAGGAAACAUCUUCUAA